CCUCUCUCCCACCUCCUCAAAAUCCAUUGGAUGAGAAAGUCAGUGGUCCCUUCUGUCUGACCUCCUCCAAUAGGGUUUGAGAAGCCGAGGAGGAGACCGGGCCAGCAUAAACGCAUUUUUUUUCAUCAUAUGUUUAUAUUUCUGACGUCGGUGUCAGCUGUGAGAAAGCGGCGAGCGUGUAAUUGACUAGGUGAGUGGAAUGAGGAGAGCAAGCAAAGCAACAGAGUUCUUGCCGCUGACAGCGCAGAGCCAAACAGCGGUGACAGACGCAAGGAGCUGUCGACACUGAACAAGCAAAACAUAUAGCUAUCUUUGACAAGAAAUGGGAAUGAACAAAUGAACACUAGUAGAGAGGCAAAGAGAACAUCUGGUGGACCAUAGUUCUGGCUUAACCUCUUCCCCACCCAUCUGUCGGGAGUGUUGCUAGACAGCUAACGUUAACUAGCUAACGCGUUAGCCUUCUGAGGUAGAUAGCUAGCAAAUGUACUAUUGUGGAUUUGACUUGUAGCUAGUCGUAUGGUGCAAUGCGUUGCUAAUUAAUGGAUGGACUUCGUUCAAAAAGCGUUGUUGUCAGGCCAUUUACGAAAUAUUUAGAAUUUAGCGAGUUUGGACUUGCUAGCUAGACAACUUAGCUUCUAGCCAUCGUUAGCAAUUUGACCAGCACUUGUACAAUCAUCCUGCUUCUUCAAUUCUCAAUUCUGGAAAUUGCGGUCCCGCAUGUUGAUGCAUCAUCAUCAGAAUCGAUAGAAUAAACCAUUAGCGAGAUAUAAGGCCUUGCAUGGUGUUAUGGAGGUCAAUGAGCUCCAGUGGAGCCCCAUCACCCAGAGCUCAGCCAGUCCUGCAUACCCAUGGUCCAGCAGGCAGCUAAUGGAAGAUCCGGUUCCCAACGUACCCACCAUGGUCUCCAGGCUGCCCAAGUUUGGCUCACGGUCCGCUCUGCCCACGGCUGUGGCUGGCACCGCCCCACUCACCAACGGGACCCACUACCUUGCCUCCGGCACCAUGGGCAAAGGGAUAUCCACCGCCAGGCAGAACGGGUCGGUCCGGAUGCCAGCCUCCUCUUCUUCCUCUCUAAAGUGGAAGAAGGAGAAAGGAGACCCAGAGGAGAAGGGAGGCUCAGGGGAGGAGGGCGUAAUUGAAGCUGGGCAUCACCCCCGACAACUGCAGCGGUUGCCAGCGGUGGUACCGGAGAUCAGGAAGCCUGUGGUGGUUAAGGUACGGGGGAGUGCCUCCUCCAAAACGGUCUCUCGUGCGGCCGCCCCCAAACAGGCUUCUUCUGGACAGGGUCUCUGCAACGGCAAAGCCGGUAUCAGCAGGCAGACGGCAGGUGGUGGUGGUGGGGGGGGGCGGCCCAGGGCCUCAUCCGCCAGGCACAGCCUUGUGUCCCCCGUUGGCACCCUGACCAGCAGCUUCUCCUUCUCCCAGUCCAGUGGCAGCCUGGAAUCCGGCUCGGAGGAGAACAUGGUGCGAUCCCAGAGCCUCACCCAUGUCAAGAGGAUCCCCUCCCCCUCCGAGCCGCCCAUCAUCCGCUCCUACUCCUUCAACCGCGCCUCAGAGCUGGCCAAGGAGCUGCCUAAACCCAUGGCCAAGUCUCAACCGGUCAAGGCCUCCCUGCUGGCCCGGCCGAGUCCCGUGCUGAGCGGUGGGGGAAGAGGGAGCGGCCUACACCUUAAUAAGGGUGUACUGGGGCUGGCGCCAGUCAAGGCCGGGGUGGGGACAGCGAGCGGCGUCUUGCCCCCCGCCGCGCUGAGGAAAUCCUUACUACCCGGCCCGGCUUCUAACACCACCAAACCCUCGGCCCUCGGCUACAAGCUCUCACGCCCCUCCCUCAUCAAGCAGCCUCGCCCCGUCCUGCCCGCCCCUGCAGAGCAGGUCCAGGGCGACGGUGAGGAAAGCAAGGGGAGGAGGAACUCUGUGGAGACGCCGCCUGUCACCCCAGACCCAUCCAGCACCACGGACAGCCCUGGGAGCACCCCGGAGGGUGUGACAGAGGGCCUGCUUGAGGAGCCUGCGACCCCGAGCGCGGUGCCUUCCCUCGGGGAGGGCCUCGAGGACAUGUCCCUCUCCUCCACCUCCUCCCUGGAGCGCAAUGACAACAGCGAGGAGUACAUGGACGACUUUGACAACCUGGGGAAUGGAGGCGACGGGAUUCUGCUUCUACCGGCUCCUGAUGAAGGACGCCCUAUCUUGGCCGAUGAGGACAACACCGACGCCAACCGGCGUUGUGGGGGAGCGUCCAUGACGGGCCUGCACAGCUUCCUGUCUGACAGUGUAGACUGGGCCGCGAUGGGCAUCACCGGGGAUAGGAACCACCUGCGGGUGUUGUCUCGACGUGCCAGCCAGGCCCUGUCCGGGGGCGCGGACUACGCCCACGGCUCGUCUCUGGACCUCUCCCCCUCCGACUCUGGCUCAGGGGGGACCUAUAUGUGGGACGAGGAGGGUCUGGAGCCGCUGGGGUCCUCCACGCACCCUUGUGGGAGCUACGACUCAGAGCUCAACAGCAUGGACAUACUCAACAACCUGGACAACCUAGAGUCUGGCUGUGACCUGGAUGAUGAUGACCUAAUGCUGGAGGAUGACCUCCCUGACGAUGGAUCCUUGCACAGUGACAGCAAUGGGAUGUCCCAUCUGGCUCACUGGAGGAGGAGACAGCUCUGUUGGACAGCAGAAGACCACCUCCAGAACAACGAUAACAGUGAAGUUGGGUUCGAGACGUACGAUGGUUACCCGGGUCUGGACACAGGCUUGGACAGCCCUCACCAGGCUGUGGACGAGCUGACCCUGAAAAACAUGGCGGAGGAUUGCUGCUCGGUCAAGGCCCAGCUAGAACACCUGAAGCUACUGCUGCAGAUGGAAGAUGGUAGUGAGAUGGACAACACUCUGACUCUGGAUACCUUGAGUCCAGUAUCCCGAGAGGACCCCAUUCAAUCUCCACAGGUGGAGGAGCUGUUAAGAGAGGUGCAGGAGCUGAAAGAGGAGCUGAGGAGUAAAGACCAGAUCAUUGCUCAACUUACCCAGCAGAUGGCCGUUCCCGUGGAGCCUGUGAGAUGCCAUUGCCAGCAGCACAGCCCAAACGGGAGGACCCGGGAGAGGGUGACGGUGACCUACCAUGACAAGGCCACCCAGACUCCUCCGUGGAGGGGACACGCUCCUCAGGUACUACAGCCUCCCAGACUAUGGCCCACCAGUGUGCAGCAGCCCCAGGAAAGAUUAACAAGCUCAGUCCGCAGCGCGGCCCCCAGUGAGACGCCCUGCUCCAGGCCUGGCUGUGGUUGGGGGGACAGCAGGGCCCAGCCCAGCUCCCUCUCUAGCCCCACCCCUCCUGCUGGUUGUGUCCCUGGCCUACUGCUCAGAUCCCAGCAGAAGAUCAGUGACUCUCAGGGUCCGGGAGACCGUUUGUUCUCUGCAAAAAUGGUCUCUUCACCUCGACUCUCACAGUCCCCCGGCUCUCUGAAGAAAACCUCCAUACCUAAUAGACCACAGCAAGGCCCCACCUCCGCCACCAACAUCCGCGCGGCCACGGCGGGCUUCCCCAGGGUGGUGAGAGGAAUCCAGGGCAGGGGCGGCCUCAGUGUGGGCCUGGUGGCUCCACAGUCCAGGCUGAGGCAGCUCCUACCUCCCUCCAGAGGUUUGCCCUGCUACAGCUCUGCCUCCUUCCAGGCCCCUACCCUGCCUGCCUUCCCCCAGACUAAAGCACCCAGACAGAUUGCAGGCUUUAGACAACCAGAGAGUGGUGGGCUCAAGGCCAGCGGUCCUCCUAGCCUUUUACGACUCCCCAAGCCAAAGAGCCAGUGACUGGUACCUCUCAAGUCUCCAACACUGCCCUGUUAUCCAGGCCACUCAGCAUCACCCCCGACCCACUCAGACUUCUGACGGCUCCCUUCAGCAAUGCCCCGUUUCAACGUCGGAUAUUGUACCUAGCCUGCCGCUCCUCCACUUGCUCAAGGUCAGAAAUAAAGUUGUUUCAAGUACACUCGGUAUAAGUCCUAGACAAAGAAUAACACGACGUGCCCCCUCCCCCCCCCAAAAAAAGUGCUUUAUCACAGUCUGUCUGGGCAGUGCUGUCUAGAUCAGUUAAGUGCUCUGUAUUUAUUGUUAUUGUUUGUUAAACAUUUUAUUUCAGAGUCAGAACUUGCACGAUGUUCGAAACUUAAUUUAUAUUCCCUUCAGCACCAACACCCUAGAUUUACCUUUUGGCCACAGAGUACCACCUGAUAGUUUUGCAUACAUUCUGUAUUUUUACUUCUGUAUUUUAUUCUGUAAUGAUGGCGCAGUUUCAAAAGCACCUGUCCUCAAUAUAACAUUUUGGGUUUCCGAAAACAUACUUCAUUUGAAGUGUUGCCUCUGACUAAACGAACAACUACAUAACCACUAGUUUCUACUAUGAAUCCUCUAUAGAGGAGAUUGUAUCCAGACGUAAUUUCUGUGAACAGUGUUGUAGAGGGAUUAAGCCUGUUCUGAUGUUUAUUUUCACCUGAGGGGAACUACUUUCAGAAAUGCAGAGAUUUUGGAUAUACAGACGAGAGAAUAUAGUAACCCUGAAUAUGGUUGCUCGGGCUGAACUGGGGUUUCUAAAAGCACUGUGAUGUUGUAAAGAUCCCCUUGCCACACAGUCCUUUCAGUAUUACAUCCCUCUGGUUUUGAAACACCUUUAUUCUUUCUUCCCCGACUGUCUAUCAUCCUGUCUUUGUGGUGUUGCGGUCGGAUUAAAACACAGCGCUAACAGAGAUCUUAUGAGUCCUUUUGAGCAAUUGUUGCUCUGAAAGGGCUGUCUUUGUUCUUUUGUGCCGUCAUUAUAAGCAGGUCCGGUGUGGUCGGUAGGUAGAAGCCUCCUACAUGGUACCUUAAUGAGGAUGCCGUUGAGAAGAACGGCCCCACGCCGGGCCGGUGAAUAGAAGAAUGGUCCAGCCUGAAACCAUUGCUGGUGUGGUGCUGAGGCUGGUGUCCAUUCUGUAUUGGUUCUGGGUCGACUGGGAUCCGGUUGGCAUGGUUACGUGGCUUGGGCGAGUGGAAUGAGAGAGUGGUAUGAGGAUGUCACGUGGGCGACGUGCAUGCUCAGUGCAGGGCCCUGCGUGUUCCUGCAGUAGGAGACCCACCUGGGCUUAACACUCCUUGUCUACCACCCUGUGGUUCAGUCGUUUCACCCCCCCCCACCCCCCCCCAAAAGGGGGAGACGCUAACAAUGAGCGCAUCCCUGCGAGCCAGUGCCAAGGAGGGUGGAGAGGGACACCAAGCCUCUUAUUCCUCUUCCUCAGAGCCUUCCUGUCUACACUACUUCCUGAUCCAUGCCAUGUUUAAUCCUAACAAGCUUUCAGGAGUAGGCUAACAGGCGCCGUUUAUACCCUUAGCCUUUUUAGGUCCUUAUUUCACGUGUGAUGUCACAGCUUGACCUUUGAGCCCGGAGAUGUAUUAUCCAUUGGUCGUUCUCUCCCACUGCAGCUUCACGCUUUCCUAUGCAACACAGUUGUGACCUCCUCGACGACGACAUGUAGCAGUGGUGCAUAGUCACUGGCAAUGGUCUGGUCGUCCCCACGGCCCCCUGUGGUUAGGAUGAUCGCAUGUGAGAUGCGUACUCCGUAUCCAAAGCCCUUGUUCUGCUGCCACAAAGCUCCUGAAGUGUUUGCUUUCCCAUUUCUAAGUCAUUGGAAGCCAUGCCCCAUAAGGGGCCAUCGAGAGGCCACAACUUGUCUCUUGUGUUGUAUUUGUCAAGUGUUUAGUAGUGGUUUUUGCCACAAUCCUUACGAAGCAUGCAUUAAACAGCACACUGAUCAGAUUCUCAGUUUCAGAACCUGACAAUUAUCCCCAAAUAAACUCCGCUAUUUGGAAUGCAAUGCUGCUUCUCUUACCAAUCCCACCAGAUAAGAACAAAAGGCCUUUUAUGCGUGAAAUCGCUUCAAUGAUGAACAAACAAUAAACAAACUAUUUGUGGUUCCUGUUGGGUUGCAAAAGAGAUGAAUUUAAUCAAUUCCUGUUUGACAGUGAGAGUCCUUGACUUAAAGGAUUUAGAAUGUUCAAGGGAGGGAAUAUUUUCAGAUUAACAAGAUUUUAACAGAAGCUCAACAUAUUUAACUCUAAUAAGUUCUCAACCAAUACCCACAAAGUCGGUGUAACCGAAAGUUUGAGAAAAAAGGUUUGGGAUUUGUUUGUCAUGCAUUAUUAUUUUCCAGUCGUCUAGCUUUGCUUGGCUUAUCAGAAUAUGGUAUGCAGAUCAAACAAAUGUCAAAUGAAAACUUUACAUGCGAAACAACUGUACAGUUAGUGGAACGGAAUCAUGUAGCACCUGCCAUGUGUAGCACUGUCUGUUGUGUAUUACAAAAGUGCCUGCUUUUGUGACAUCCAAUCUGUUGUCCUCAAUUAUUUGGUCUGGUCUCCAUCUCUUUGAUUAACAUGGGCCCUGAUGGAUAUAGGGAGUCCUGGUAAAAUGUCCAACCUCAUACCAUCAUGACCACCUAACCAUCCUCAGCUUUCAAUUGGCUCAUUUAAUUCCUCUCCUACCCCAGCAGCAAAUAAUAACAACAACAUAAUAAUAACAACAACAUACUCUGUUACUAAAUGUAUGCUAUCAAUAAUGUAUGCAAGUCACUCCGGAUGAGAGUGUCAGCUAACUGACGAAUGUUAAUGUAGUCACUGUCAUAGACUCUCACAUAACACAUUCUGAAGGACAAUCAAGCAGUUAUUUGUUCAAUAGUCUUAUGCUGCAAAAGAAAAGCAGGCCACACUCUGCUUCCAGUGUUGUGUCCGCUCUGAUGUUUUUGAAGUUCACAUUUGCCUUGCUGCUUUCUUUACUCUUGUGUGCCUCCUGGUCCGUGUGUGCAGCCUGGAGAUUUGCCACUGUUCCCGACUUCAGAACAAAUCUCAGUUUUAAAGCUUAUUUUACUUUGACUUUUUUGGAAAUGCUGAAACAGUAGUUUAAUUUCUGAAAUAACACUGUGAACAGUGGGAAGCUUGGGUGCUCAUUACGGUCUGUUCAGUUAUUGUUUAAUAGUCUUCAUUAUCUCACCACCGCCUGUCUCCCAAAUGCUUUCUUAGUGCACUACGUUUGACCAGAGCUUUAUGAGGAAUAGGGUGCCAUUUGGUUUGCAGAUGUUUCUCACCCUCUGCGCUGCUCUUCAACUGGGGUAGCAGGACUCCGACUUGAUGUUGGUCAGUAUGUCGCAGAUGUUGGAAUGUCUGGAAUUUUACCUGACCAUUUUAUCAGCUGAAUCAGUAUGAGAGCCCAACAUGGCUCACAAUUCACUAAACAGAGCUCACUAGUCUUAUGGUUUCUGUUAAAAAUUAUUACAACUAUGUAGGGAAUAAGAGCAAGUGGGGGGGGGGGGGGGGGGGGAGAAUCUGUGUUUUGCUUCCAACUUACUAAAAUGACCCCCUUUUCUCCCCAAAUUAAUGUCAUCCAAUUAUACCCAGUUGUUUUAGGAGAGUAAAAGAUCAGGAUAUACAUGUUCUGAGACAUGACCUGCCUGGCCAUUCUCCUUCUUUUCUCCCUCCGCUAGAUAAACCAGAGUUGGGGGAGUCAUUAGUAGGUCAAUCUCCUUUCGACAAACAACCUCAGUUUAGCGUUCGGACCUCUGACCAGCCUCAGGGAUUCCCUGAGCAUAAUGCGUCAGGAAAAUAGCCGUGUUUCUCGGCAUCCAUUUAUAUACAUACAGCUGGCCCCUUAGCUGAUUUAUUUUUUUUGCUCUGAAAAGGUGAUACUCUUCCACAACAACAUGCUGAAGCAGAAUACAUUAAAAGCUGCAUACCCGGUCAGCCCACUAUGUGGGGAUCCGGAAAACACCUGCCUCAUCAUUACUUCCACAAUGCGAAUCACGAUGUGAUGUUCAGGUCCUUCUGUGGGCUUAGUGGUAAAGACAUGUUACCUUUUAACGUGGCAUGCACACAACCCAUCCUGCUGAAUGUCAGACAACCUCAAAAAAGUAGACCACUUCCACACCUCCAUUUAUCCCCUCCAAAUUCCAGCACCUAAACCAAAAGAGUCGCAGGGAGGGAACUGGAAUGGAACCAAGCAUGUGCCUGUUGUCAGACUCCAAUACAGAAGCAACUCUCCUGGCUUGUUAGAGGGGACCAUCUAUAUAAAUAUAAAUGGUCUAAAUGUUCAUUUUUACCACUUAAAGACAUUUGCCACUGCAUUUUAAACAAAAAACAUUUUGAGUUACAUUCUCCAAGAGUGGGACUGCUCUCUCAUUCUGGGGUAUGAGACCCCCCUGGGACACCUAUAAUUGGCACUCAUAGAGGAACAGCUGGCUAUUUAACCACAUACGGACCAGGGGGACCGGGUGGGCCGGGUUCAGCUUCAGGUCCAUAAUCUCCUGCUUUGUCGUCGUUGUCUGAUUUAGCUGCCGUAAAUGUUCAACCCAUGAGGAUUAGUUAGCCUGAACUACACACUGUAUUGCCGUAUGGCAGAGUUACUGUACUGUGCUGUCCACAUCUUCCACUUGUCUGUUCAUCAUGUCAUUGACUGUACUUUGUACCGUGUAACACAUGUUCCUUGCAUUAUGACAGGAAGGAGUGUGCUGGGAGGACAGGUUGUAUUUGCCUGAUGUGUUCAUGUUAGAUCUUCCUGCCAAUUCUGUUGUAAUUCCACAUUUGCAACAUACUGUUAUUUAAUUUGUGCAAUACGAUAACGAUUGGAGACAUACUGUUGUAUACAAUGCUAAUUAUUUAUAUGUAUAUGAUAUACAAUAUCUGUAUAUGUGUGUAUCUGUCACUGAAUUAUUGUUAGCUAGUCCAAAAAAAGAAAACAUCUCAAUCUGAAAUGCACUUUAAAUGACUGUGUUGAGAGACUUUGAAUAUGAAUUAAUGAACUUUAAAACAUGUUGAA